GGAAAUAUAGCGGGUAAUACAACUGUGGCCUUGAGCUGCUCAAUACCUCAAGGUCCCCGAGGUUUGUCUUCAUUAUUUUAUGCACAGUGGGUAGUUUGUUUCCGAACAGGUCGGUGUUAUGAUAUAGAAAUCUAAAUUUUGCAAGAUUAAUCAAUCAAACCUUGAUUAACCAGUUUAUUAUUUGUGUACAACAUUAAUUUCCAUAAAAAACAGUGAUGUUUGGAACGUGUAUUAAAACAUUCGUUAUCAGGUAGAAAGUCUUUGCCGAAAGAGGUGUUAAUUCUCUUCUUACUGUAGAACAAAUGUUAAAUUCAUCUGCAACAGUGAACCAGUUCGAUUUAUGGGCAGUUUGAAUAAAGUUCUUUAUCCUUGGAUGAACAGGAAAAAGCCAUUUUGGGUUAAACAACAGGCUAAUCCUUAUACAGAUGAUGAUAUUACACCUGAAAACAAACUGUUCUUAGAACAAGAGCGUAUGAAUGUAUUGACUUGUAAUACAAGCCCAAUUAUUACUGAACAAUUGGUUCAAGUACCAUGGACACCUUAUGUUACACAACGAUGUGGUCUAAUUGCAGUGAAGUUAGGCAUGUAUCCUUUAUGGACUAAGACUGGACGAAAAAUAGACUGUACAAUUUAUCAGGUACCUGAUAAUCAUGCUAUUCGUUAUACUCCUCCAGCAGAAAUUGACAAAUUCAUCAGUCUUCUACAUCCUCGUCAUUACUGGUUAACUAGUAAACGUCCACCGUCUUGGAUAAAACAAAAACGUUGGGGUAUUCAACUAGUCGGAGCAUUUUCUGCUGAUCCUAUUGAAUUCACUCCAGAAUGGUGUAAUUUAUUUAAAGAGGCUGGAAUACCACCGAAGCGUAAAAUUUCACGUUUUCUGGUUAGUCCAGAUGCUGCUUUAAAACCUGGAACACCUUUAGGUGUGAAUCACUUUCGUGUAGGUGAUUACUUGGAUAUAACUGCAAGAACGUAA